AUGGAAGUGGUGAAUUUCGAGACCUCAAUAUGUGACGGCUUGGAAGAUGAAAUAAUUGGAAAAGGAAUAAUAGAGCAUGGUCUACCAAAAGAAGAAUUUCCUAAGCACUGUCCAAUCAAAGCGAACGCAAAUUGGGAAAUAGACAAUUGGGUGUUUCCAUCUGACAAAGUGCCACCAGGAAUUCCUGAUGGUCCAGCUGAGGGCGUAUUGACUUUGUACGAAGAAGGAAAACCUCCUGUCGUUACAGUUUCUGCAAAAGGUAAAUUAACCCACAAACUGCCUGGAAUGGGACGUUGAAUUGGACAAGGUCAUCCUAUUUCACGUUCUGUAAAACACUUUUAUAAUUUUAAGAAAUUAUCAAUGAUUAAUCCAACGAUAAUGUUAUAAUCAUAUUUCGCUGGAACAUAAGGAUAAGGAAUGAAAUAAAGUCAAGCUGAAUGCAGCUGUAGUUCUCACAUGUGAUCUGAAAAUUUUUGCAUUCGACUUAAUAAUAUGAAUAAUUACAUUUCAGUCUAGUUAUUUUUAAUGAAAAUUCAUUGAAUCAAAAAUGAUAUAGUUUUGAAUCAAGCAUGGCAUAUAAAACGACUCAGUAUACCUGAAAAAUUGAAGAAGUUGGUGCAGCGUUGCUGAUUAAAGAUGUUUCACACCCAUGAAUAGCCAAAAUCCACCGUUUUAUCAUUUUUUGGUAAUUUAUUGAUGGGUUUGAGAUAAAAAACUAUAACGUUUUUGGGUUUCAUUACUAUUUAAUGGCUCAUGAAGUUGUGGUGAUGCGAUAAUUUUCAUACAUUUUCUCCGCAGUUUUGUGAUGCUUUUCAAAAGUUUAUAACAAACGCAGAAAAAUGUUGAAACCACUUUGAAAUUUCAUCAGUCAUUCAACAAUAACAAAACACAAA